AUGAAUUUUGACUAUAAAGGUGAAUAACAUUGUUUUGUGUAAUGCACUACCAAAUCUAUGAAAAAGAGAGAAGUUACUCCUAUUAGGAGUGCUAGUGAUAUAUUUCAUUGCUUAAAUAACUAUAAAGUUUAUUAAAAAAACCAUAAAAAUAGAGAAAAUAAAAUGCACAGAACUCAUAAAUCUUUAUAUAGGUGA